AUCAAUGAUUUAUUAAUUUGCAUUGAACGUAAGUUAAAUCUAACAUCCGCGUAGGAGCACGGAUCAAGAUCUAGUUGUUAUUAAAAAUAUUGUUGACUGGAGAUUAAAACCUACACAGGACCCCGCCCAGAAACUCCCCGGUCCAGCCUUUGAUGCGUUAGUGUCAGCCUUUUUCUUUUUUUUUUUUUUGGUCAAAUGUCAGCCUUUUUCUUUAUAUUUUCCCAUUUAGUCUUUAAAUUAUUCACAUGAUUUACCAUUUCGACAUAAAUUUUUUUCGGCAGUUUAUAAAAAUAUGAAAACUAAAUUUAGAUGAUACAAUAUGGUUUAUAACAAUUAUUAUAAAAAUGGAUAUUAUAGACCAAAUGUUCAAUAGUAGUAAAAUGUGAAAUAACAAAACUAUUUAUAUAAUUUGGCUAAUCAAUUUCAGAAUUUUUUUGAAUAAAAUUGUAUUAGUAAUUAUACUUGAUUAGUUCAAAAAUGUAAUUAUACUUUUUGAUUAGUUCGAAAAGUAGUUUUACUUGAUUACUUUAUUUUUGUAGAAAGAAAACUAAAAGGAAAAAAAAUACAUUAAAUCACAUUUUAAAGUGUUACAAAAAAACACAACAUAAAAAAAAAUUGUCACACUUAUCAAAAACAAAUUGUCACUUUCGUGGUUUUUCUUUUGCGUAAGCAAAAGUUGAAAAAAUGUCAAAUCACUUUCGUGGUUACUUCCCAGGUUACAUGGGAGAGUCUCAAUUUUUUCUUUGAUUUCAAUCUAAUGAAUGCUGCCAAUCUUAAAGACCUUUAGAAAAAGAAUGCUGCUAAUCUAAAACACGCAUGAUUCUCAACAAUGAUAAAAAUAACUUUUUAUUUUUUAAUCAUUCAAUAAACACGCCCAAGUCAAAAAUUGCACCAGUCCAGCCGUAACCAUUCACAGCCUGAAAGUCUUGAGUGGAGAAACGUUUUUAGCAGUAUACUACUUACUCUAUUCAUAGAACGUUUUUGAAGUAACAUAUUAACUAAUGAUUAAAGCCAAUACAUAUCGAUUUUUAAAUUAGUACAAAGUAGUGCUUUCCUCUCUACAAGUUAGCAAGUCAAUGUCUCUUAAUUGUGUUUUCAUCUCCAUUUGAUUAAUGAAGUGCUAACUUGAUCAAACUUGUCAAUGAAACAAAGGGGAAACAUGUAUUAUGUUGUUAAGCAAAAAAAAGAAGAAGUUAUUAUCUUUCACUACUUCAGUAAAAGUGCAUAUGGUGGUUCCUUAACAUUGUAUUUUUUCUGUACUUCAGUAAAAAUAUUAUUACGAUUGUUCCUUAACAUAUUUAUUAUUUUAUUAUGUUUUCUACUUUAGUAAAAAGCAUAUGAUAGUUCCUUAAAAUAUGUAUUAUAUUGUUAUUUGUCUCUACUUUAGUCAAAAAGCAUAGUAUAUGGUAGUUCCUUAACAUAUAUAGAUAUUAUGUUAUUAUUUUCUUCAUUUUAGUAAACAAAUCAUAUGGUAAUUCCUUAACAUAUGUAUUAUAUUAUUAUUCUCUCUACUUUAGUAAAAAAGCAUAUGGUUAUUAUAUAUAUGUAUACCAACGACGUUCAUAUUCUAUCAGAACUAAACCUUGUCUUCUUCCUCCCUCUCCUGCUACAACAUUAAUGGCGCAGCAGCUUCCGUAUUCCUCUCCUCUUUCUUAUUAUUCAACCUCAAAGGGUCGUCAUAUCUCUCUCACGAGCCGCAACGGUCUCCUUCUCCUUGUCGCUCUCCUCGUCAUCCUCGGUGUAUUCUUACCCUGGGCAAGAUCUCCCUUAUUCCUGUUUCCUAACAGAACCUCUUCUUCUUCAUUGCCCACCAACUGGCGCAACUAUUCUCUGGCUGAAGCAGCCAAGUUCGUCGCCAAGGACGGGACAGUGAUCGUAUGCACCGUUAGCUAUCCCUUCUUGCCUUUCCUCAACAACUGGUUAAUUAGCGUUUCUAGACAGAAGCAUCAAGACAAAGUCCUCGUGAUCGCUGAGGAUUACGCUACUCUUUACAAGGUUAACAACAAGUGGCCUGGCCAUGCCGUCCUCGUUCCCCCAGCUCUCAGUUCUCAGACCGCACAUAAGUUCGGUUCCAAGGGUUUCUUCAAUUUUACAUCUCGGAGGCCGCAACAUCUCUUGCAACUUUUGGAGCUAGGCUAUAAUGUGAUGUACAACGAUGUUGAUAUGGUCUGGUUGCAAGACCCGUUUCAGUAUUUACAAGGAAGCCACGACGCAUACUUCACCGAUGACAGGACUAGAAUUAAGCCUUUGGAUCAUUCCCAUUGUUUACCACCUCCGGAUCGAAACGGAGUGACUUAUAUAUGUAGCUGCAUGAUUUUCUUGCGUCCCAAUAAUGGAGCAAAGCUUCUCAUGAAGAAAUGGAUUGAUGAACUUCAUGCUGGUUCUAAAGCAUAUGAAGGAAAUGAUCAGCCUGCUUUCAACUGGGCACUCAACAAAACUGCUCAUCAGCUAGAUCUAUACUUGCUUCCACAAGCGGCGUUUCCAACAGGAGGAUUGUACUUCAAGAACAAGACAUGGGUUGAAGAGACAAAGGGGAAACAUGUCAUAGUCCACAACAACUACAUUAUCGGUUACAACAAUAAGAUGAAACGUUUCCAUGAUUUUGGUCUAUGGCUAGUUGAUGAUCAUGCUUUUGAGUCCCCACUGGGAAAACUAGAGUAAAAUUUGAUGCGUUGUUAUGUUUGAAUGUUAUAUCAUAGAGACAGGACUUGUUA